AUGAUAUUUUACUACCUAACCAUCAUCGCUCUCUCCCUCACAGCCCAAGCGCAUCUCAAAUGCCAUCCCGAAGGUCCUAUUCUCCCCAAACCAACAUCCCUCACCACAUCCCCCAUCUUCAAAGCCUCAACAGUCAACUUGACAAAAACCCUCAACACAGCUGUAUCUGGUUCCAUCAAAGCAGGCUGGGCAACAAACAACGUAUCAUUCUCUCUCGCUGUAGUAAGCAUAGACAGCGACAUACCAAUUUGGGAAUACCAUCAUCUUGCAACUGCCAAUACAAGAGGGACCAAAACGAUCAAUCGCGAUUCGCAGUAUCUUGUCGGUUCGAUAUCCAAGGUGUUUACUACUUAUGUGCUUUUGAAGAGUGAUGUGGAUUUGGAUGUGUCUGUUACUAAGUUUCUACCUGCGCUUGGGGAGUCGUGGAAGGAUGUGAGUUUGAGGAUGUUGGCUUCGUAUUUGGGCGGCGUGCCUGCGAAUUAUGGAUUCUCUGAGUUUUACUUCCUUAAACAAGUCUUUCAAGAAUACGGUCUGCCGCCAACUGAAGAUGAUGAGUAUCCGCCAUGUGGUGUCGCGACUCUCAACAGGGCCUGCACCUGUCAAGAUGUUAUUAAUGGGAUGAAGAGUUCGUAUCCUCAGACUACACCAAACGAAAGACCUGCCUAUUCCAACAUGGCCUUCGUCCUCGUCGGCAUGGCCCUAGAAGAAUAUACAGGCAAGGCCUUUGAACGGCUACUACAAGAGAUAGUAACAGAUCCAUUGAAUAUGAACAGUACCUUUGCAUCGCCUGGGAAUGAUAGCAAAGCAGUCAUUCCCCCUGGUGAUAGUAACUGGGGCUCAGAUUAUGGGGUAAACACCCCAGCAGGCGGUCUCGUAUCCUUUAUAUCAUAUUUUUCCAUCUUUUCUCACGCUCUUCUUUCAAGAACGUUGGACUUAACGUCUGCUGAGAUGAACGGCUGGCUCAAGCCCACAGCCUUUGCAGGAAAUGCGUACACCAUGAGCGGUAUGCCAUGGGAGAUUCUGCGCUUACCAAAUCUCACACCAAACAAUCCCCAUACGGUUACUGUCUACAGCAAAACAGGCGGUGCGCAAAACUACAGGAGUCAACUAAGCUUCGUAGACGACUACGGUCUAGCGACUAUCGUUCUCACAGCAGGACCAAUGAACGCAGCGCCUAUUCUCGCUGAUGCUGUGCUUUCUACAUUUAUAGAUGCUGCUGAUCAAAUAUCAAGAGUACAAGCGAGGAAAUAUGAAGGAUUGUAUAUGAAUGAGGGAGAAGAUGGUAUUGUUGAAGCAGAGUUGAGACAAGAUGGGGACUCAAUGGUAUUAACUUCCCUACGUCGCAACAGCACAGACGUCGUUUCUUCACUCGUGGAUAUAUGGGGUUUUACAUUGGGUGACUUUCUUCCAGAGAUUGGACCAAAGAUUCGAGUCUUUCCUAGCGGCCUUCGCGAUGUAACGACGUUUGAGGGUAAGUCUGUUAUGAGAGAGGUAUGGCAUCUUUGGCCAGAACUUGCCACAGGGUAUCAGACAAAUCUACCAGGGGCCAUGAUCGAACAGAUGAAUUGCGUCGGAUGGACGAUUCAGGAUUGGGUUCAUUAUGGUGGUGAGCCAUUGGACAGAGUCCUGGUGUAUGUUGAUCAGGAAGGGAGUGUGGUUGGCUUCGAUGUGCCGUUUUUACGGUCGGGUAUUAUGUAUCCUGUGGGAUGA